GUCUUAGAGAGAAUGCCCCAAAAAUGGAAGGAAAAUGAUUGCGACAAAUGGUGGUCAUAAUUUAACCGACGAACGAUGAUCCAGUAAAAGCCUCAAAGCGAAAGAUUUGAACAGGAAAAUUCACUGGGAAUCAUCAUUUCGGAGCUCGGGUUAAUUGAGUUUGUCGAGACGGACAGUAGUUUCUCAAGGGAAGAAGAAUUCGACAGAAUCAGAAUCAGAAACGUCGCAGCACUUUCCAUCGCAGCGCUUUCCGGCUUCAUUCAUCCCUCUCCGCCGCAUCCACACCUUCAUGAAUCUGCCGACAUAUAAUAUAUAUAUAUAUAUUGAUACAUUUUGAUCCAAUUUCCAUAUCCGCUCACUCAUCUGAUUUUGUUUCCUUUCCAUCUGAUGAAGCGAUUCAGAGUUCAAUCUCAAAUCGACGUAAUGGGAGUCGCCGAUUGCUUGAUUUCAAACCACGCCAACACGGCGGCGUUUUCCGGCCGAGUUUUUGUCUGCAAAACUUGUAAUCGUGAAUUUUCCUCGUUUCAAGCUCUUGGCGGCCACAGAGCUUCUCAUCGGAAGCUCAAACCGUUUCUGUCCGGUGACGGUCUUCAUAAUAAUGCUAUUAAGACGAAGGCUCAUGAGUGCUCUGUCUGUGGACUUGAGUUUCCCCUAGGGCAGGCGCUCGGCGGCCAUAUGCGCCGCCACCGGAACUCUUCUCCGCUCGCCGAUUGUCCACCGACGACUCACCCUGUCUCCGAUGAAUCCGAUUACGACAUCGGCGUUGGAGGAAUUUUUGGAGUGGAUUUGAAUCUGACGCCGUUGGAGAAUGAUCUUGUUCGGUUGCAGUUGAUGGCUCCGCCGGUUGGUUGCUUGACAUAAUUUUUUCUUUCUUUUGUGUAGAAUAUUUCAUUUAUUUAUUGUUACUGUAAACA